AUGGCUUGGAUCAAUUCUUGCCCCGAAUACUCUAUUCCAUUGGCUCUAGAGCAGCAUGUUGUUGAUAUCGCGCCUAUUCCACAUACUCCUCUUUUGGCGGUGGUAACGCCUUCCACACUAGUGAUUUACCAUUCGAAGUCUUUGAUUCCAGUCACUCUCCGCAAAAGAGGAAGCGAGUGUUUACAAAGCCAUGGACCCACUACAAGCAUCCAUCUCCGCCAUAUCACGGUUGACACCGUGAACCUUGACCAGCUUCAGUCUGUCAAUGUUUUCGUUCGAACAGCAUCGAACUUCGUGCUAGUGUUCCAUUUGCUCAUUAACUAUGGAAAGUCCAUGUAUCAAGUGUGUGAUUCGGGCGACGAUGAUCGCCUUUUGCAGAAUGCAUUGCCACUAGCCCUGGGUGUCUCUCGUUUUUCCUUUUCCAACUUACUCAAAACAGCUACACGCAGCAUAAUACAUGGCAACACAGGCAUAAACUUGGCCAACCUAGAACACUUCAACUACGGCACCUACGACGACGAGGAGAGGAAUGAGCAAAUCCCCUCUGUUCGACUUACAUUAGCAAAAAUUAUAAAGAUGAGUGCACCUCUUUUGGGCUUCUGGUGUAAGCCCAACUCCCAGAAUUUGAUUUUUGCUUAUGACAACCAAGAAAUCCAACUUCUCAAUUUGAAAUCGUCUAAGAAUGAAACUAUUUCUCUUCGAGAUCUCAGCUGGUAUACGGAUACCACAGCUAUAGAGUACAGUUUGAGGCACAAUUUUUUCUUGCAUUUGAAUUCGUCAGGACAACUAUCAGCCCUUCAAUUCGUCGACGAACCAAACUCCUCGGGCCUUCUGUUAAAGCCAAUGCCACUAUUAUCAAUAAAUUACAAGGUGGAAGCAAUAUUAUUGAACCCACAGUUUGAUCUCGUUUGUUUGCAGUCCGACACCGACGUGAAAAUCUAUGCCAUGUAUUUCACCAAGGAUAUUCCUUCUCUUAGGUAUGUGAAAAAGAUAUUCAAGUUUGAAAGAGGAUCUGCUUAUGAGUGCCACUGGUCACCUUGUGGUAUGUUUCUCACAGUUCUAGAUACAACAUCAGGCAAAUGGCAAACCGUCUCCAGGUUUGGAUCCACUUUAUUUGAUUCAAGCUGGAUCUUGUCUGAAUUGUCAUCAUCCGAUCUUGGUGAGAGCAAGAUGUCCGAAAAUAGUGACUACUGUCAGAUUUCCUGUCUAACUGUUUCUUCCAACGCUCGGCACAUUUAUCUUAUCAACAGAGCCUCAAGCAGGCUAUACUCUUUGAGUUUACUUCGAGUACACGAAGGCAAUCAAAGAUCGUCUUUGUUAUGCGACGAUCAAUAUAUCAUUAUACCGUCGCAGAACGGAAACUCUCUCACCAAGUAUCCAUUACUACCUUUAUUUCAAAAAGUAGUGUCACGAUUUAAUUGCAUAAACGGAUCCAUCUCGAAACACGCACAGAAGAAGUUAACAGGGAAAUUUACGUUGGGAUUCAAUGCAUUUGAUCAACUAUCUCUAUCAUAUGGACCCCAUUUGUCUAUCUCAACGCCUGUGAGAUUUGGGGAUGAAAUAAACCAACCGUUAUGGUUCACGUUCUACAAUCAUUUAUCAGAGGCAAUGAACUUUGUCAAUCACUUUUGGGUAGGGGAUUACUUAGUUGCAAUAAGCCGCUUCCAUAGAGAGGAGGGACAUACGACAGCUGAUUCAAACAAUGAGGAUUUGAUAGUAGAUGAGUUAAUCAUCAUUGGAUCGAGUGGAUCUAGACACGGCGCUGGAGGCACCUACUUCAAAUUCGAUAGUGACCAGAUCGUUUGGCGUCACGCUUUCAAAAGCCAGAUCGUCAACUAUGAAUUGGUAGACAAGAAUGACAAAGAGAGCCACGUCCUCAAUUUGAUUACAAACGACCUAAAGAUUAUUCUGAUGCAAAUCUCCACCAAAUCUCCGAAGCAGGAUUCUUCAGGAAGAAAGAGCAACAGCAAGAUUCAGAUUCGGAUUAAAAAAACAAUUCAUUUGUCAAGCAUUAAACACAAAUUACCAAUUCGUCUUGUGCGGCAGUUUUUUUCUGUCCAAGGAAAACAUUUUCUAUUCUUAUUAAACAAUGGUGACUUCUUUUUCUUGAGAAACCAGCUUCCAGAUUCACACUUGGAAAGCACGAGAGGGCCGGUGCAAACAAACAAUAUGUAUGAUUUGAUUCUUGUCAAGAAAGCAGUGGAAGCGAUCUACCUCAGUGGAGUACAAUUCGAGAACCAUGAAGAGCAAACCAGAUACCUUACACUAGUGACAGGGAAAUACGCAUUUUUUUAUGAGCUCAAUGACUUAGUUGAGCGGGUUUAUGACUAUGAAGGUGUGGAGUAUUCAGGUGAAAAAAGAGCCAACGAUGAGAUCGUUCCUAUUGAAAUUCCCCACUCUACAUUUCUACCACUUCAGAUGAAUCAGAACGGCGCAACUCUUGAAAUUAGUGGGAUCGAGUUUCAAAGUAUUAUCAGAAGUGACAAGCUCCUUGUCAAAUAUAAGAUUGGGCGACAGAUGGUAUUGAGCAAUUUUAUAGCCCAUGAUUUGUUCGAGCUCGAUGUUCCGUUUGACGAGAUUAAAAGGAAAUACGCUGGCUUCCAAAGUUUCGAUUACUGCUUGGAAUUUUUGCUUUUUGAAUACUUGGAAGACGACAAUACCGGCAAUAAAGAAAAGUUGCAAAAGGUUUGCGAGUUAGUUGAUGUCACAACAUCUGCUGAUUCCAUUUACGUGAAUUUUUUAAGAAAAAUAGAAGUGAGGUACUGGGACAAAUUCUUUGCGCUUUUGAAGCAGACGCCUGAGGGUUUUAUGAACCGAUUGAUCGAAUCCAAUGAUGUCGAACUAUGCUACAGUUACCUUAAUGUUUAUCUCAACUUCAAGCGAGAGUCCGAGAGCAGUACUACGCUUGAUUCGUGUACAGCACAACAACCAAUCUUAGUUAUGGAGGAUCGCCAACUCAUUACAAAAAUAAUCGGCAUGCUUGCAGAUGCCGAGAAAUAUGACGAGUGUUUUGAACUUUGCCGAUUUAUUAAACUGUUGGAGCCAUCUGGUGAACUUCUCAAGAAAAUCCGCAGUGUACUUGCGUAA